AUGACCUUUGUUGAGGGCACCUUAUUAUCCAAUCGCCUCCGAAGCCCAUCUAGCUUGGAUAUUGAACAUGCUUUUCGUGGCAUGGCCCAGGUUAUGCUAGAGCUAUCAAAACCAGUCUUCCCGCGUAUUGGGGUUCUAGCUCAAAAGUCAGGGGCGUGGGAAGUGGUGAAAAGGCCAUUGACUUUGAACAUGAAUGAGCUUGUACGCGUUGGAAACCUUCCCCCUGGUGAAUUUGCCGAGGGGAGCUUUCGAACCGCCGGCGAGUAUUUCCAGGAAUUUGCAGCACAGCAGCUUCUACACCUUCAAAUUCAACGCAAUGAUGCCGUGGAUGACGAACUAGAUUGCCGGAAAAAAUACAUUUCUCGCUGUCUUUUCAGAAAGAUCGCUAGGAAAAUUCCAGCAGAGCAUUUUGGCCCUUUCCAUCUUUACUGCGAUGACUUACGCCCAUCGAAUGUCCUUGUCUCAGGACCAAACUUUGCGGUAACCGGCGUUAUUGACUGGGAAUAUACAUAUGUGGCGCCUGUUGAAUUCACCUAUACUGCGCCUUGGUGGCUACUUUUUGAGAGCCCAGAGGCUUGGGAGGCAGACUUGAAUUUGUUUCUAUGCCGGUAUACUCCACGUCUACAGCUUUUUCUUAGGGUCCUCCGGUGGUGCGAAGACGAACAGAUAAAAAAACAGGCGAUGGAGGAGUCUCAGCGACUAUCGAUUAGGAUGGCGCAGUCAAUGGAAAAUGGGCUCUUUUGGUUCUGUCUUGCUGCAAAGAAGAGUUUCAUGUUUGAUGAGAUCUACUGGACGUUUCUUGACCAAAAACACUUUGGUAAUGGGUCCCUUGAGGACAGGCUUUCGCUUUUAUCAAAGGAGGAGUUGGAUGGACUGGAGAGACUUGUUCCGGUGAAGACGCAGCAAGCCAGGGAAAGUCGCUUGGAAGAGCACCUUUCAUAUGAUGAUUUUGUUGGUUAUUAG